CCUGUCUCAAUCCAAACCCUAGGGGGAGAGAGGGAGGGAGAGAGAGAGAGGGAGAGAGAUGGGUCGCGUUAUCAGAGCACAGCGUAAGGGUGCCGGAUCCGUCUUCAAAUCCCACACUCACCACCGGAAGGGUCCGGCCAGGUUCCGGAGCCUCGACUUCGGCGAGCGCAAUGGCUACCUGAAGGGCGUCAUCACGGAGAUCAUCCACGACCCCGGCCGCGGGGCGCCACUGGCUCGGGUAACUUUCCGCCACCCCUUCCGCUAUAAGCACCAGAAGGAGCUCUUCGUCGCCGCCGAGGGUUUGUAUACUGGCCAGUUCAUCUUCUGCGGUAAGAAAGCUAACCUCAUGGUCGGCAACGUCCUUCCGCUGCGCUCCAUCCCUGAGGGUGCUGUUGUUUGCAAUGUCGAGCACCACGUCGGUGAUCGCGGCGUCUUUGCUAGAGCAUCCGGCGAUUAUGCCAUUGUUAUUAGUCACAACCCCGAUAAUGGCACCACUAGGGUCAAACUCCCAUCAGGAGCGAAAAAGAUUGUGCCUAGUGGUUGCCGUGCCAUGAUUGGUCAGGUUGCCGGGGGAGGAAGAACCGAAAAGCCCCUGCUUAAGGCUGGUAAUGCAUAUCACAAGUACCGGGUCAAGAGGAACAGCUGGCCUAAGGUCCGUGGUGUUGCCAUGAACCCCGUGGAACAUCCCCACGGUGGUGGUAACCAUCAACACAUUGGUCAUGCCAGCACUGUCCGACGUGAUGCUCCACCAGGGCAAAAGGUUGGUCUUAUUGCUGCCAGGAGAACUGGUCGGCUCCGGGGACAAGCUGCCGCAACUGCUUCCAAGUCUGACAAGGCGUAAGAGUGAUUUUAGGGAUUGUAGCUUUAUUUUUAUCUUCUUUUUUCUCCUGAAAUUUUGAAUGCAUUUCGCUGGAAUUUUGAAUGUGUUUUUGCAACAUUGAUGUGGGGAGAAUAUAGCUACUUUUGUGGGGGUAAUCUUCAUAAGGUAGAACUAAAUUUUGUUUACGCUGUCCUUUCUUGAAUUGAUAUAUCUUUGUGCCGGUCUGACUUA